AUGUCAUCUUUUAUGUUACUGAUGUGGGAGUUGACUUUUCCUGCAAUGUCAAUUGUGUUUAAAGCUGAGAGUAUUGAUUUAGAGUCGGAGAAGAUUCUUAUUUUUCUGAAGGCCUCCACCGAGAAAAUCGGGAGGAAGGCUGGUGCUCUAAAGAGGCCUGAGUAUUCUUCGUUCGCGGAUGAGAAGGCAAGACCAACAAAGGGAUUGUCGAAGGAUUUGGAGCCGUCAGUAAUCGAACCUGAGAUCGAGGGUAGGUUCCUUGGAUUCGGCCAAGAUCAUAUUAAUUGGAGUGGACGUCCUGUAUCCCAGUGCCAAACGAAGAGCCUUGAAUUGGAUUCUGUUGAGUUUUUGAUAGGUUUCGGAGCUGAGGUUGUGAAGAAGGAAACCUCCGUAUUCGAGUCUGGAAUGAAUGAGAGCCCUAUAAAUUCCGAGCAGAAUCGAUGGGUCUGUACCCCACCAGAUCGGAAGAGAGGAUCAUGCCUAGGAAUUUUACAGAAUGGUGUCUCGGGAUUCUGUCUGCGUUAAGGGGAGGUUCUCAUCAAGCGACCUAAAAAUGACGUGUUUUUCAAGAAUUUUUUCCUCAAAGACGGAAGUAGAUAUCAAUGUUAAAUUUUGUACAUAUAUUUAUUAACUAUUAAAGUAUACAAAAAAUUUUUUUUAGUCAAAAAUAUUCAAAAUUGUCCAUUUUAUAGAUGGCGCAACUUGACGAUCUGAAAAAAAGGUGUCUUGAUGGUGGGAACUAUGGUACUUCGGAAA